GCGUAGCGUAGGUGUAGGUCUGUAGGUAGAUUGUGUUUGUUCGUAGGCGUGAAGGAGAGGCGGUGCAUUGCUAUUAGCGUGGUUUUCGAAAUAAGUAAUUGAAUUGUAAAUACAACAACAAUAAUGGGAGUGACUGUGGACACAAUCAGCCCUGGCGAUGAGGCCACAUACCCGAAGAGGGGCCAGACUGUGGUGGUCCACUACACUGGCACGCUGACCAACGGACAGAAGUUCGACUCGUCCCGCGACCGCGGAAAGCCCUUCAAGUUCAAGAUCGGCAAGGGAGAGGUCAUCAAGGGCUGGGAUGAGGGUGUUGCCAAAAUGUCAGUAGGCGAGCGCGCCAAGCUGACCUGCACGCCCGACUACGCGUACGGCCAGCAGGGCCACCCCGGCGUCAUCCCCCCCAACUCCACCCUCAUCUUCGACGUCGAGCUUAUCAAACUUGAAUAAACCACCGCAAGAAACUCAAGACAACUCCUACCUAGCUAUAUCACCUGUACUUGCUAUGGGCAACAGUUAAUCAGCCAGGCACAGUAGAUCAGUUGCAAACCGUUAGGUUUUUAAGUCAUUCCCUGUACUCGGGUUUCCCUGUUCCCUGCUCUUAUGUGCAAUAUAAACUGCUAUGGGCAACAGUGAUUCAACCAGGCACAGUGAAUCUGCAAAGCGUCAAGUUUUUAAGAUGAUGUUCCCUGUACUCACUUAUGUGCAAUUUAAACUGCUAUGGACAGUGAAUGAUGUGGGGUACAGUGGAUCAUGAAUUUAAACGCAGUAAUUUGUCUACCAAUGCCCAAAGCAGUGUGUUAUCUCUGCUUGGUAAUCUAAAAUGGGUUUACUAUACCUAAAAGCUACCUGUAGUUUUUGGAAAGGAGAGUCUUGGGUACUUUUCACCUAGCACUUGGGUUAUUUUCAGCCAAACACUAGAUUAAGUCCAGUCAAUUAGGCUAAGAAACCUAGCAUCAAGCCCCAUUCGAAAAUUCAAUCACAUUUUCACUCGAUGACAUUCCAGAAGCAUUUUGACCAGUAGAUGAAUUAGCCUUUGUAUUGUUUUGUAUAAGAUCCUUUUUAAAGCACAAAAUGGGAAUGUUUUCUGGUGAUGGUUGGGUCGUGCACGCAUGUGCCGUAUAUAUGUAUACAUUAUUUCAGUCAAAUUCUAAAAUGAACUAAGAAUAAAUUUAUUGCGAAAA